UGCUCCCUCCUCCCCCCUCCCAACUUCUGUCAGCACUGAGCACAGUCAGAGGGAGAGCGGAGAUGGCGGUGGCCGAGACGCAGCUGUAUGCAAAGGUGGCCAACAAGCACAGGAGCAAAAGCCCCUCUGUACUCCUCGAGUCUCUGCUGGCCAAAGGAUUCCCAGCUCACAUCGCGCAAAAAGCCUUGGCUGCUACUGGUCAAAAGACAAUAGAAGAAGCUGCAAAAUGGUUGCACUCCCACUGCAACGAUCCCUCUUUGGAUGACCCAAUCCCUCAGGAGUAUGCUCUUUACUUGUGUCCCACCGGCUGCUUCUAUAACCGCCUGCAAGAGUUUUGGAAGGAGAGCAAGCGCCAGUGCGGGAAGAACAGAGCUCAUGAGAUUUUCCCUCAUGUCACCCUCUGCGACUUCUUCACGUGUGAAGACCAGAAAGUGGAGUUACUGUAUGACAUCUUAAAGCAAAUCGUCAACAACUUUUCACAAAAGUUUCCACAAACUAUUUCCCUAUCACUACAUUCAUCCACCAGCUACCUUGGUUUUUUUAUCAGUGACAGCCAUGCAAAUAUCCUCAAAGAGAUUGCUGUGGCCUUCUCUUCAGAGGCUUCAGCCCUGGCAGAUUGCCAUGUGAAGCCCUGCCUAAAGCAGCUCCACCUUACCCUGGCUCACAAGUUCUGUCCUCACCACCAGAAGACUUUGGAGCAACUAGCCAAAUGCAUUAACCCAGGGGAGACCUGCCAGUGGGUAGCAGCUCUCUAUUCAAGAGACAUGCGUUUUGUGCAUUACCAGACGCUGAGGGCCCUCUUCCAGUACAAGCCCCAGAACAUCGACGAGCUCAUGAUGAAUGCCGGGGACUUCAUCUACGUCGACCCAACGCAGCAGUCCGACGUCAGCGAAGGCUGGGUCAUCGGGACCUCGCACCGGACUGGCUGCAGGGGUUUUCUUCCCGAAAACUACACAGAGAGAGCCAAUGAGUCAGACACGUGGGUUAAGCACAGGGAAUAUGCUUUUGUACCAGGUUCAAAAUUUGUCACCCAAUCUGCAAAUGAACCUAAUGUAAAGCUGAACGGAGAAGUCCAUAAUCCUGUUACAUCAAGGAGUGUAACCAAUAUUCUUUCACUUCAGCUUUCUCAGAAUGCCACUCUGAGAAGAGGUGUGCUGGUGAUGCGCCAUGGGGAAAGAGUUGAUCAGGUCUUUGGGAAAUCUUGGCUUCAACAGUGCUUGACUGCAGAUGGAAAAUACUACAGAGCAGACCUCAACUUUCCUCCCACCCUACCAAAACGGAAAGACAGCAUGAAGCAUUUUGAGCAAGAUCCUCCUUUAUCUUGCUGUGGUAUUUUCCAGUCAAGACUUAUAGGGGAAGCUCUGCUGGACCAGGAGGUGGCAGUCAGCUACGUCUACUCGUCACCUGCCCUCCGCUGCAUACAGACAGCCCAUCUUGUGCUUCAGGGGCUUAAAUUAGACCAAAAAGUCAAAAUCAGGGUGGAACCAGGACUAUUUGAAUGGACCAAGUGGGAAGCAAGCAAAGUAAUUCCCAACUUCAUGACUGUAACAGAACUGACAGAGGCCUCCUACAAAAUAGAUACAAGUUACAGAAGCAACAUCCCACUCUCUUCUCUGGUGCCAUCAGAAAGUUAUGAAGACUAUGUAAGCAGAAGUUCUGCAGUUAUAAAACAGAUCGUCACUGCUUGCCCCAACAAAGGUGUCAUCCUCAUCGUGGGCCAUGGCUCCUCCUUGGCGUCUUUCACCCGACCCCUGAUAGGGCUCCCUGCCAAAGACAGCAGCGACUUUGCCCAGGUGGUCCGAAAGAUCCCUUCACUGGGCAUGUGCUUCUGUGAAGAGCUCAAAGAGGGGAACAAAUGGCAAAUGGUUAACCCCCCAGUGAAGACAUUAACUCAUGGAGCAAAUGCAGCAUUCAACUGGAGAAACGGUAUCGUGGAGGAUUAGAAAGCCAGCUCUGUCCUUGCGGCUGUCAAAAAUGAGGUGAAGAGAGCUUCUGGUUCAGCACAGUCUGGCAAUUCAUCCAGAAAAGUUACAGUGGAUGGGAAGUGCCCUCUCUAAGUAGUCAAAGCACAGAAAACACUUCUGAGUUUGGUGCCUAAAUUUUGCUUUUGCUUCAGUGAUUGAGAAAAGGAACCAUGGAACUGGCAAACAAGAGAGCGAUGACUGUUCUGGUGGUGAAGAAAGUACUUUUUAACCUUUUCUGAAGGUACCACAUGCAACAUUUAAUACAUACAGAACUACCUGAUUAUAAAAUCUCCUGCUAAAGGCACUAAAGUAGACAUUGUUGCAUUUUCCAAGACCAAAAUACAGCCAGUAAGAAUUGCUUUUGUUAUUUGGAUAUUUUCAGAUGAGCAGAGAAAUUGGGACUGAAAAAAGCCAUCUCCUACCCGAAGAGAAGAUCAGCUCCACCUAAAGCCAUUUGGUUUCCUGUUGACUCCUCCAGUUCUGCGAGAGCACAGGAGGAGGGGAUAUACUAUACUGACAAUUUAUUUACCUCUUCUAUAAAGGAGGUUCAUUUUCUUCCACAACAACUCCCUACUCAGUGAUUCCACAGGGAUCCAUAUUGCAAAAGGGACCAAACAAUUUCCUUCAGAAAACUGAACUGAUUGCUUUACUGUUGCUGGGGCAAAGAAGGAUGCCCUGCAUUACUGUACUGGUGAUAAAACCUUGACGUGAGCAACUCUAACUGCUGAAUGCUUCCUGAGAUGGCACUUGCAGGACAAGAGCUUUGCUUUGUGCUGUUCUGUGCCAAAUUAUAUAAAUGGUGACACAGCUGCCAAACCGGCCGUCUGACAGGUCUCUGUAGCUGUUCUCUUGGUUGUUGGUUUGCUUAAGGAAGUGUAGCCCCAAAAUUUUAUGCACAAACAGGAACAUGUCUUGCCGCAGAGUCAGGUUUCCUUUCUAAAUGAUCCUUUUGGAUAACUGCCUCUGGGAAAGCACAAAUGUUUCUCUCAAAGAGAGGAGAAAAAUUGAGGUUUCACUUUCUUAGCAUAAC